GCUCCUUAGUGGUUGGUCUUAUUUAGCGUCUAAUCUCUUCCGCUUAUUAGUCCCAACUGGGAACUCGAACUUCUCUAGCUUUGAUGUGAAGAUGUUGCAGUGUAUAUUUCUCCUCUCUGAUUCCGGAGAGGUAAUGCUGGAAAAGCAGUUGACUGGGCAUCGAGUGGACCGAUCUAUAUGUGCUUGGUUCUGGGAUCAAUUCAUUUCUCAAGAUGAUUCCUUCAAGCAACAACCAGUGAUUGCUUCUCCAACGCAUUACCUUUUCCAAGUUGUUCGUGAGGGAAUCACAUUUUUAGCUUGCACACAAGUUGAAAUGCCACCAUUGAUGGGCAUUGAGUUCCUUUGCAGAGUGGCCGAUGUCCUCUCAGAUUACCUUGGAGGAUUGAAUGAAGAUUUGAUCAAGGAUAACUUUGUUAUUGUAUACGAGCUUUUGGAUGAGAUGAUAGACAAUGGUUUCCCUCUGACCACUGAGCCUAACAUCCUGAGAGAGAUGAUUGCUCCACCAAAUCUUGUUAGCAAAGUGUUGAGUGUUGUGACUGGUAACAGUUCCAAUGUAAGUGACACCCUUCCAGGUGCAACCGCAUCUUGUGUUCCAUGGAGAACAGCUGAUCCAAAAUAUGCUAAUAAUGAUGUUUAUGUUGACCUUGUUGAAGAAUUGGAUGCAAUCAUAAACAGGGAUGGCGUGCUUGUGAAAUGUGAAAUAUAUGGUGAAGUUCAAGUAAACUCACAUAUAACAGGUCUUCCAGAUUUGACCCUUUCAUUUGCUAACCCAUCCAUUCUGAGUGAUGUGAGAUUCCAUCCCUGUGUUCGGUUUCGGCCGUGGGAAGCGAAUCAAAUAUUGUCAUUUGUGCCUCCUGAUGGGCAAUUUAAGCUCAUGAGCUACAGGGUUAAAAAGUUGAAAAGUACUCCUAUAUAUGUAAAGCCACAGCUAACUUCUGAUGCUGGCACAUGCCGUGUCAACGUGUUGGUUGGCAUACGAAACGAUCCUGGAAAACUUAUUGACUCGAUCACAGUAAAAUUUCAACUGCCCUAUUGCAUUUUAUCUGCUGAUCUGACUUCAAAUGUGGGAACAGUGAACAUCCUCGCAAAUAAGAUGUGCUUCUGGUCAAUCGGGCGCAUACCAAAGGAUAAGACCCCUUGUUUAUCUGGAACAAUGGUGCUUGAGACAGGAUUAGAGCGGCUUCAUGUAUUCCCCACAUUUCAAGUGGGUUUUAGAAUUAUGGGUGUUGCUCUGUCAGGUCUGCAAAUUGACAAACUGGAUCUCAAGGUUGUACCUAAUCGUCUGUACAAAGGUUUUCGAGCACUCACCCGAGCAGGGGAAUUUGAAGUUAGAUCCUAAUUUUGAUUUCUUCUUCUUUUUUUCUAUUUUGUGUACUGUAAUGAAUUCCUUUCAACACUUCUCCAUGAAGAUCCCAAAAGUGAAAAGUCCUCUUCUUGUGGAAGAGAAAUGAAGGAUCCCAAUUGGCUUUUUAGUGGAUUGCAAAUUCA